AUGCAACGUCUUUUCGAGCUCAUUCUCAUCUCCCAUCUCGCGCUUCAUGUCCGGGCAGCCGGAUACUGCCAAUGCGCCCCGGGCUACGCGCGUGACUUCUCGGGACGCUGCGUCUUGGCCUCUACUUGCAAUCAGGUAAACUACAAUCAAACGAUCCCGAUCGACGACCCGACACUGGACUGUGGCGUGAACCUGCGUCGCGUUUACGUGUGCAGCGCCUCGCAGAUAUGCGUGGCUCGUGAGAGAUGCAACUACUGUACCCCGAAGUGUGAGCAGACAUGUGGAGCGAAUCUUGUGAAAAACAUCACCUCCAUCCUUUUCCUGGCUACGGUAGCCAAUGCCGCCGUCAACACCGCACCGCCCGUUACCGUACUCCCCGGAUCGCUGCCUUCCCUCCCUACCGUAACCCCGUUUCUCGUUAAAAAUUGCUCGGCCACCGUACCCUGCCCCGCAAAUGAGCAAUGCAACACCUGUGGAACAGCAUGCGAGCAAAAAUGCGGGCAACCGAUUACGUUCUGUCCUGCGAUGGCUUGCAACGUGAGCACUAGCACGAUCGGGGUGUGCCAGUGUAAUCAGGGAUUGGCGCGAAACGGACUCGGAGUCUGUGUGGGCAUCACUGAAUGCCCGACCGUCACUUCGUCCAGCACCUCCCGAACGGCUUCAACUUCUCGCUCAACUAGCAGGUCCAACUUCACGGUGGUCACCCUACCUACCGUUGUCGUCACACCUUCCAGCACCUCCCGACCUGCUUCAACUUCUGGAUUCACGAUCAGGACAAACGUCACCGGGAUCGCGACGCUGCCUACGAUCUUCGUGAACGCGUCGUCAUCCAGCACUGCCCGAAUUGCUUCAACUUCCCGUCCUACCAGCAGGUCUAACUUCACGGUGGUCACCCUCCCUACCAUUGUUGUGACGCCCUCCAGCUCUCGAACCGCUUCAACUUCACGUAACUCCUUCCCGACGCUGCCUACUAUUGUUGUCACGCCAUCCAGCACUUCCCGAACUGCUUCAACUCCUCGUUUCACUAUUAGAACCAACGUCACCGGGAUCCCGACCCUGCCUACUAUCGUCGUUAAUGCCUCGUCCAGCACGCCCCGAACGCCUUCAACUUCUCGUUCCACUUCUAGGUCCAACUUCACGGUGGUCACGCUGCCCACAAUUGCCGUGACACCGUCCAGCUCUUCCCGCACUGCUUCAACUUAUCGUUUCACUUUCCGGACACUCCCUACCAUCGUCGUGAACGUGUCUUCAACGAGCACUGCCCGAACUGCUUCAACUUCUCGUAACACGUUCCCGACGCUGCCCACAAUUGUUGUCAAUGCGUCUUCAACGAGCACUGCCCGCACUGCUUCAACAUCUCGUUUCACCCUCCGUACCCUUCCUACCAUCGUUGUGAACGCAUCUUCAACGAGCACUUCCCGAACUGCUUCAACUUCCCGCUCCACCAGCCGGUCCAACUUCACUGUCGUCACCCUACCGACCGUCGUCGUGAAUCCUUCGAGCACCUCUGGUACAGCUUCAACUUCUCGUAACGGCUUCCCAAGCCUGCCUACCAUCGCCGUGACCGCCUCAACUCCUUCCUCUACUCUCGCUACCGCCACCACUACUGGCCCAGUCAAUGGCACCUGCAGCUGGCGCGUCAGCUGCCCGGAAAAUGAACGUUGCAACCAGUGCGGCCCGAUCUGCGAGUCGGUCUGCGGAAAGGAGCGCGCCAUCUGCCCGCUGUUCCGUGUCUGCCCGUGGCGCAUGAUGGGCGAGGGACUCUGCGAAUGCCGCCCAGGAUACGCCAGGACUACUGAGGGACGAUGCGUUAGGGAGCGGAAGUGCAAGAAGACGAAUUCUACCGUUGCCUCGAAUUCCACAUCCUCAACUACCGUAUACUACUCAAACUCCACCACCACCACGCUAAGACCUGCGAAUUCUACCGUACCCUCCAAUUCCACAACCGGAAUCAGCACCACACAAGCCAGGAAUACGACGGAAUCCUAUGAUACGACCACUACGACUACCGUAUACCCCACAAAUUCCACGGUCCACCUAUCGACAACUACGACGGCAUACGGUAACCGCACCGGAAGUACGGUGGCCGGAACUACAAACUACACAAGCGCAACGACGACCAAGUCUUCGAAUUAUACGUCAAACUACACGGGACCGUAUAACCAGGAGGACGAGUACUAUAAUUACGAUGACCCCUCCUCGAAUAGCGACUCAUUUUGGGGGUGGAUCUGGGGGAAUGGGAGGUACCGUAACCGGCAAAAUGAUGAUGCAGACACCAGAAACGGCAAACAUUUGCAUGGCUGGCGCCGCUGGGCCUGGCACAUCGUGGGCGCCUUCUUGACGGCAAUGUGUAUUCUGGGCUGUAUUUGCUGCUUCUGCGGGCUGUGCGAGUGCGUGACGGCUUGUUGCUGCUGCUGCGGGCGGAAGAAUAACACGAUUUAUGAAGAGCCGGUGACAUCGAAGGGACCUGGAGCGCCUCGUACAGCAUAUAUGCCUCCUCCUCGGGUGAUGGAGCCUCAGUAUUCCGCUCCAGGGAUGGUGAUCCCGAUCUCGACAAUGGCGUAUCCUGCCGGACCGCCUGCCUACAACCAACUCCACUCGCCGUACGAUGACUCUUAUGGAAUGUUCCGCGUCACGAAGAUUACCUACUUA